AUGACUUUCCGAGACCUCCUGAGCGUCACUUUCGAAGGUUCUCGUUCGAAUAGCAGCGCCGGUGGCCCCGGCGCCAGCGGCAGCGGGGGUGGCGCAGGGUGCGCUGUCGCCUCGGAGGGCCCGGCGGUGGGCGGCGUGCCAGGGGGCGCCGGCGCCGGAGGAAGUGUGGUGGGCACGGGCGGCGGCGAGGACAAUCGAAGCUCGGCGGGGGAGCCCGGGGGUGCGGGCCCCGGCGGCGAGGUGAACGGCACAGCGGCCGUCGGGGGACUGGUGGUGAGUGUGCAGGGCGUGGGCGUGGGCAUCUUCCUGGCGGCCUUCAUCCUCAUCGCAGUGGCGGGCAACCUGCUGGUCAUCCUCUCGGUGGCCUGCAACCGCCACCUGCAGACUGUCACCAACUAUUUCAUCGUGAACCUGGCCGUGGCCGACCUGCUACUGAGUGCCACCGUGCUGCCCUUCUCGGCCACCAUGGAGGUCCUGGGCUUCUGGGCCUUUGGCCGGGCCUUCUGCGAUGUGUGGGCCGCCGUGGACGUACUGUGCUGCACAGCCUCCAUCCUGAGCCUCUGCACCAUCUCGGUGGACCGGUACGUAGGCGUGCGCCACUCGCUCAAGUACCCGGCCAUCAUGACUGAGCGCAAGGCGGCCGCGAUCCUGGCCCUGCUCUGGGCCGUGGCCCUGGUGGUGUCCGUGGGGCCGCUGCUGGGCUGGAAGGAGCCGGUGCCGCCCGACGAGCGCUUCUGCGGCAUCACGGAGGAGGUGGGCUACGCAGUCUUCUCCUCCGUGUGCUCCUUCUACCUGCCCAUGGCGGUCAUCGUGGUCAUGUACUGCCGCGUGUACGUGGUCGCUCGCAGCACCACGCGCAGCCUCGAGGCCGGCGUCAAGCGCGAGCGGGGCAAGGCCUCGGAGGUGGUGCUGCGCAUCCACUGUCGCGGGGCAGCCUCCGGCACCAGCACCGGCACCGACCUGGCUCCGGGGACUCGGAGCGCCAAGGGCCACACCCUGCGCAGCUCGCUGUCUGUGCGCCUGCUCAAGUUCUCCCGUGAGAAGAAGGCGGCGAAGACGCUGGCCAUUGUGGUGGGUGUCUUCGUGCUCUGCUGGUUCCCCUUCUUCUUCGUGCUGCCACUGGGCUCCCUGUUCCCACAGCUGAAACCAUCAGAGGGCGUCUUCAAGGUCAUCUUCUGGCUUGGCUACUUCAACAGCUGCGUGAACCCGCUCAUCUACCCCUGCUCCAGUCGCGAGUUCAAACGCGCCUUCCUCCGCCUCCUGCACUGCCAGUGUCGCCGCCGCCGCCGUCGCCGCCUCUGGCGAGUCUAUGGCCACCACUGGCGGGCCUCCACGAGCAGCCCGACCCCCGAUUGCGUCCUCAGCCCCGGCACCGCUCUGCCUGGGACCCCACUGGCCCUCACCGCACACCCGGGCCCCUGCUCCCCAGGCACGCCCGAGGCGCAGGUGUCCAGCAGACGAAAGUCACCUUCCGCCCUCCGCGAGUGGAGGCUGCUCGGGCCUUUACGAGGACCCACGACCCAGCUGCGUGCCAAGGUGUCCAGCCUGUCCCACAAGAUCCGUUCCGGGGGCGCACAGCGUGCAGAGACCACGUGCGCUCGGCGCUCGGAAGUGGAGACGGUGUCCCUAGGCAUUCCCCAAGAUGGGGCAGAAGCUGCCAUCUGCCAGGCCUAUGAACUGGCUGACUACAGCAAUCUCCGGGAGACUAAUAUCUAAGGACCUGGAGCUCGGCUGUAGAGUGUGCUGGGGCAGGGGUGGGAAGUUGUGGAGAAGGUGGCUUGAUUCCAGAGACCUGCAUGGACCUGGGGCUGGAUGCAAUGACUGUGCAGGGUGGUUGCUUUCUGGCAUUCCAGAGAAACUGGGGCUGGAGUUGGGAUCGAUGCCCUUUAGUGGUGGGGAGUUAUAGCGGUCUUUGCAGGACAGUUGCUCACAGCUCUUCCUAGGAGGAAGGGACUGCAGGAUCCCUCUACCAUUCACACCCAACCCCUGUGAGAAACUGCCACGCCCAGAAGCCUAGGCAGAAGGCACGGAUAUGGCCCCUCCUCUGAGGAAGGAAGAGGCCUAGCUCUUUGCUUUGUUGCCCCAGAGAAAUCAGUGGGGCCAAGGCUCUGCACUGAACACGUUCCUCCUAACUGACAACUGGAGGAAUCCAAUGGACCUGCCACAACCACUUCAAGCUUUGGUGGCACACUGGACAGUGGUUCUACAAACCCGUUGUACUUUGUCCUGGGCCCAGUUCCUCCUUCCCAACUCUUAACACUAAUCUCUAGGCAUCCCUUCACCUGGCCUGGCCCUCCUACUUCCCCUCAGGGGCCUUACUGUUUACACUCUGUACAUAGCUCAUUGUGCCUGUCAGUGCCCAUCACUUCUUGCUGGGACGCUAAGCUGCCAAGUGGGAAGAGCUUUA